UCUUCAGCACAGUAACGAUCCUAACCGUUUAGCUUAGUCGUCUCGUCGUCUUUGCCAUCCCGUUCACCAAAGAGAACGAAUCAACUUAAUCUGAAACCUGACCGAUCUACCGAUAUGAAUCAGUAAGAAGCUCUGAACUAUUUUGAAUGAAACGAUGGUGCGAACUCGACCGCUCUCCGUUUAUCGAUGUGCUCAGAAAAAUUCUAACAAUAAGAGCGAUGCUUUUUGUUUUUAAAAGGUCCAACAAGAACACAAUGCAGAAUCAGAAGCGCGAAGCGACUCUCGGCCAGUACUGUCAGGUGUCAGGCCGGUACGACGGUACGACGAACACACGAGAAUUUCGACGAAGACGGCGGAUAUUUUGUAACUUCGACGAAAAUAUUAAUAUCUGCCCAGGUAAAUUAACUCCGUCGUAUGAGUAUAGUUGCGUCGUAUGGGUAAGCUUUUGCAGCCUUCACGCAAAGAUGCAUGUUUUACUUCUGAGCUGUGGCACCAUCGUGAUUAGAACUUUGAUACCUACCGCAUGUGAGCAAAGACAUACAACGCUUUGCCGUCCUAGCCUGGUACGACAUGUUCUUGCAGGAGAAAACUCUUUUUAUGGUUGCAACAAAAAAAUCAAAUCAGUGCGCAAAUUGUUGCUCCGCGCCUACUAAUACUACCUCUUCACGUUGAUGAAGCUCUGUACCCUUGAACUUCUGCACGGCGCAGACCCGCUGGGUACCGCUCCAGACUGCCUGUGCUUGGUCGCGCGUGCGUGGCGGACAUUAUCAUGGUCGCGACUGCAAGUGCGAUCUACCUGAUGCCCUUUCUUAAUCCGGAGAAGUGUGAAACUCGUCUAGUACUCCCCCGGCUUUCUUCCGUGCGGCCAAGUCCCGGGGCAGCCACCGCAGACAUUUUUAGGAUUUAUUGCGCGGGAUAUAGAACUUUCUAUAUUGAUAUUAUUUGUCGGUACGAGCUACGACGUACUUAAGCUCUCUGUUUCUUUUGGGUGUUUUGUUUUUUGCUGCCAUAGCCACCUUCCGAAUGUAUGAUCGCUACUGUGAUUUUUAUGGAAGCGUCAGGUUGGAAAUUUUCAAAAUGAAAAUACUUCGUCGGGCAAAAAAGUGAAAUCAGUCCGCGAACCACGAGUCUAUCAAUUUUGCAUGCGAAAUUUUGAGGACACCUAAACCCACGGCGUCACUUAAUUUGGGGCAAAAAGGACUUUCACUGGCACUGCGUCUUAAGCCCUAGACGGAUUUGCAGCUUGUUGAUCUGUCACGCCUGUAUUGUGACACAGGCCUUGGGUGCCUCGCAUUUUAUGCAGCUCAAAAUAAAAAUUUCACAGUGUACGAUUUCCAACCUAACGCCUCCAUAGUCAAACGAGUCUGUAGCAGUGUUGACAUCUCCGAAAUCCGACAUAAUAGCGGUAAGGGGCAGCACCGGAAUGGCUGUGAGAUCUGUAUACUUCCACGCUAUCUUGUGCUUAUCCGAAUAUGUUUGUGUUUCCAAACAUGAAGCUUAUUCAGAGACCGUUGGAGAUGGUGGACACCUUCUUGUAUUGAUUCAGCCUAUAAAAUGUUGUGUGAAUGAUAUUUGCUGCAUAUUAUUUUCAUUUUCUUCUAAAGCACUGCUCCGAGGGACUGGUUCUGGUACUCAAAAAAAGGCAUAGGCUCCCCUCGCACUGCUCUCCUGUGCGAGCUCGCUUUUUACCCUUUGCGAGGAGCGGACGCUGCUUUUCUUUAGAAAGUCACUUGAAAGAAACUUUGCUAUUUGGUGCAGACGCACUGGUGUCAGUACCAUGGCACGGAGUAAUCCAUCGAAUCCGAAUAGAGCUAUAAUUGUGCGAAAAU